GUGGUUGCUUCCCAUCCAGUCCGGCGCAGUGUUUGCAAACACCUUGAACGCCAGCGAGAGACGAAGGGGGGGAGACGGACUGACGGACGGACGCUCGGCUGCUACACUGCUGCUGAAAACAAGCGCCUCUUCGCGUGCAUCGCAGGGGACGGCUGUCAUUCCUUCUACUGGGUGUUAUUUUGGUUCCUCUUCUACUUGAGAAAACACAUUUAACUGAAGCUACACAGCAUUUUUAAUUUUUUUUUUAAACUAAGCUCUGGGAAAAAAUGGAUGUUCUACCCAUGUGCAGCAUCUUUCAGGAACUUCAAAUAGUUCACGACACGGGCUAUUUCUCAGCCUUACCAUCACUGGAGGAGUACUGGCAGCAGACAUGCUUGGAGCUGGAGCGCUAUCUGCAGAACGAGCCCUACGUCUCCCCGUCCGACCUCAAGUUUGACAGCCAGGAGGACCUCUGGAGCAAGCUGAUGUUGGCCUACGGGGACAAAGCCAAGGCCGAGUCCGACCCCAAGCUGCCCGUCUCGGCCCAUGACGAGGACAAUCAGGACAGCCCGAUCUUGGACACCAACAGUGUGAAUUCGGACGCCAGCAGCGAGGCGUCGGACAGUUCCGAGGAGCUCUCGCCCACGCACAGCUUUACCUCCAACCCCCUGGGCUCGGUCCUGGUCGGCUCUGGACCUUUUAGCCCCUCCGUCAUAAGCACUCCCCCGUCCUCUCCGGAGGCCACCUCAGAGGCCGGUGGCGUGACCGGCGGCUGGGUCGCCGCCCAGUUGCACUUGCCGGUUAAAAGCCGGAGCGGCGGGUCGGCGAAGGGUGUGGAAAAGACUGUACUCAUGUGCGGGGACGCGUCCCCGGACGGCAGGAGGCGAGUACACAGGUGUCAGUUCAACGGGUGUCGCAAGGUCUACACGAAGAGCUCCCACCUAAAGGCACACCAGCGCACACAUACAGGUGAGAAACCGUACCGGUGUUCGUGGGAGGGCUGCGUAUGGCGCUUUGCACGAAGCGACGAGUUGACCAGACACUUCAGGAAGCACACUGGGGCAAAGCCAUUCAAAUGCACUCACUGUGACAGAUGUUUCUCCAGGUCUGACCAUCUGGCCCUUCACAUGAAGAGGCACGUCUAGAGUGGGGGCGAGCUCCAACCAACAGCGACGGGGGGGCAAAGUUGUUGUAAAAAGGAGAGAAAGAGAGAGGUGGGGGGGGAACCCGCCGUCUCCCGACCAGUCUCUUGGUGGAACUGUCCCUGAGCAGAGUGGCGGGGAGCGUUUCCAGCCAAAGCAUGCCGUUUUGCACCAUACUGAAACCCAGUGCCUCCGGGACCUCAUUUUGGAGAAAAGGUGCUCUGAAGGUUGUCUACUGCGACAAGAAUGGACAAAUUCACGGACGAGGACAAGGGGGUGGGGGCGGUAUAAAGAAAUCUUUUUGCUUGAGAAGGACUUACUCACACACAUAAAAAAAGACAAAGACAAAAAAAAAGAUGACAAAGAGAGCGAAUGAUUUGUAUGUGUGGUGCAUGAUGUUUUGGAGGCUCAUUCCUGGACAGAAGAUACACUGGUACUUUACAAAAAUUGUCUGAGGUAAGCAUGUGUGCACUGUGAAUGUCUGAGACUGGCUGACCGGCCCCCUCCCCCGGGAGGACAGGAGGCGAGGUGGGGUCGACGGAGGAUGGAAGGUGCGGGGCUGGUACCGAUGUUGCUGUGGACUGAAUGUGUUUCUGGAGGGGAAACAUUCCAUUCGUGUUUCCCCGGUGGCAGCGGGAGGACGGGGCAGGAAGGAGAAUCCUGCCUGCCUGUCUGUCUGGCACCCAGACUACGGGGGGGGAGGGUUUUGGGUUGGGUUUGACCUGAGAGAAGGUGGACCUGUCACCCUUCUGGUCAGUGACCCUGGGGCCGCAACCUCCCCCCUCCCCCGGUCACUGUAUGACAGAAGCUUUUUUUUGGUGUUUUUUGGUGCAGCUACUAAAUGUGCAAUGUGUUAUGUAGCCUGGUUUAUUUUAUUUUUUUAUUUUUUACAAGCUACAAAGCUCAUUUGUAGUCCAAUUGUAAAAGCCUUGUGCUUAUAACAGGUAUAACACAACUAUACUAUAACUUCAGUAUCAUAGACAGGUGUUGCAUGGUUCUAGGGUUUGUUCAUUUCAUGUUUCCACUGUAAUCAGGACUGCAAAUAGUCAAUAAAAGUGCAGCUAAAGUGCAGACGGUUAAAUGUUACAAUAUUGUACAUAAUGCCUUGAUUUCCUCUUUUCUUCACAACUUCAUUCUGUUUAUUUUCAUCUGGCUGGAGAUUUCCCUCACUGCUUCCUCACUCAUCACUCAUCCAUUGCCUUGAGGUGUGACUUUUUUUUGUAUUUUCUUUUCUAUCUAAUAAUGCACUGUUGGCCUUAAUGGUGCCUUAUGCAAGUGACUCAGCCCUGUGGCAGCGGUGGGUUGUUUUUGUUUUUUUGUUUUCCCUCCCAGGGGAAGUCGCAUCUGUUGUGUGGGUGAUUUAAAAAGCUAGAUCAAGGCUCCGUUACACGUUAACUCGUAGCUCUUUGUGUUUUAAUUCUGUCUGUUGUGGAGGGGAGGGGGAGGGGGUGGGGUAUUUUCAGCACUAGUUUAGUCCGUCGGAACAAAAAAGUUUAGGGCACUUAUAUUCACUUAUUAAAGGGGUUUUCAUUGUCAAUACUACUGUGUAGUAUGUACUUGAGUUCAUCACACUCUGAAGUACAAACAAACCACACUCUGCCAACAAAAAUAGUUUUAUCUUUUAUUUGUGUAGUUGAUACAGGACUGCUCCCCGGUGCUGCGUCCGCCCCCCCCUUGUCCCUGCAAGUGGGACUGAGGAAAAACUCUAAAGAUUUAUUGUAAUGAACAGGCUGCAGUCGGACCGGCCUCGCCUUGUACUGCCUCUGGGUAAUGAAUUGCUAAAGGCUUUGUUGGCAUGGAAUCUGUCACAGACUGCUGACUGUGCAGGUUGGUUAUUGACCCCGUCUGGGGAGCGUUGCUUUAGCCGUAGUGCAACAGUAUUAUGGAAACCAUGGCGGGGGGUGAAUGCUCUCGGGAGCAGAUCAAAUUGAGAUUUGACCCCCAAAAGAAGCCCAUGACAAUAUUCCCCUCAAAGAUGGAUGCAUGGGGUCACAUGCAUUCACUUGCUCCGGACCAGCGUGCCUUGCUGCAACGCCGCAUUCUUAAAUAUUUCACAUCAGGCGGGUGAGCCCAAACUUGUAGUUGCUGUCCGCAAUUCAUUUGUGAGGGUUGGCAGCGCCUUUUGUGGCAGGGGGGAGGAACAUCCAUUUGACGGGGGGGGCGGCAGCCAAUACUGUUCUGGUGGUAAUUGAGCCUUGAUUAAGCCCGUGUUUGCUCGCAUCUUUCAUCAACGCUUUCAUCCCACACUACCCUAACAUAUUCCGUCUCUCUCUCUCUUACAGCUCUUUGUUCUCAACUGAAUCUUUGUAGAAAAAAAAAAAACUAAAAAAACUUUUGUAAAAUUGUUAUGUUUAUGCUUUAUGAAAUUUUUAUUUGAAAUUGUUUUGCAGAAUUGUUAUAUUUCUGUAUGAAUGUAUUUUUUAUUGGAAUAAUAAGAAAUUCUUAUCUGACUUUG